AUGAAUCUUCCAUCUAAUGACUGUCCUGGAAUUUGCAAGGUGUUUACGUGGGAUGAAAAAACCUGCGAUGUCUGUUUUGAUUGCAUCUGUCGAAUAGAAGGGCAAGACUCGGCUGAGCGAACACCGGUAAUAUACGAAAGCGCGGUAGAAAAUUUAGGUCUGGACGAGAUUUUGGGCUCAAAAAUGUUUUGCCAAGUGCUUAUAAUGGCAAAAGUGAUGCGAACAUGCGAGGUCUAUAUCCUCUACCUUCGUCUCAUUCCCUAUCAAAAUUUCACGUUUGCAAAAGAGGGCACAGCACUCAAAGAGUGUCCCAAAGGCAAACCCUUCCAUGAGUUUCUACCAGCUGGGUCGCUUAAGUUAAUAUGCAUCAUCAGUUGCAUGAUCCCUGAUUUAUCUUCUAACAUAGCACUUCUUGCAAUAUUUGUUUUCAUUAUCAUGAUCACUUCUAAUCUUCUAACUCCUGAUGAGAAUUGCCGUGUUGAAAGGUUGGUUUCUCCCGGUGUUAUCAUCAAAGUGGCCUACAUUGCGCGCCUUUACAUGAUAGCAAACCAGAGAUGGUUCAAAGUUUCCUCCGGAGUUGUUACACUUGAAGAAAGUCCAAACUUAUGUGUGAUGGAAAUUUGCUUCUAUGACUGGGAUCGAAUCUAUUCACAAAUUGAAGAGGCAAAGGUUGACGUGAGGUUUGAAAUGAGCAACCUCCAGCGCAUCAAGCACAUCGGUAUUUCUCCUAAUGGAAAGGAAUUUGAAGUCACAGGGCUGAACAAAGAAGUGGAUGCAAAAUUGCUUAAAGCACUUGGAGUGGAACGCUGCAAAGCAGCAGAGCUAACGAGGGCAACGCCUAUCCACCAAAGAACCAGACAUCGUGAAUUCAAUCGGAAAAGUAUUGACUUAAAUGCUGAAAAAUCGUAG